UCGAAUUUGAAAUCAUUCUCAAUCAAGAGAUACAACAAGUAAGCAUUUGGGAACCUAUUUGAUUUCUUGCACGCCAUUGAAAUCGAUCAAUAGUCGCUCAUCACAAGCUACUAGUCGACUUUUAACGAGAGGAGGAUAUUCUCUCAGCCCCGUUCACUCAACACCCAUGGACAAUAUGGGAUUAUUUCUUCUUAUCUCCAUCAUUCUUUGGUUCAUUCUCUUGUUCUAUAUCAUGAUGCGCGCAAAGUAUGGUGGGGUAUUGCGGAGAAUAAAUGGGGAUAUCUUUAUUCUAAGGCUUGCCAGUACGCUAACCUUUAUUUCGGCGUAGCAUACACCGUCGUAUAAUUUUGGUGCUCCUUUUUCAGUACGGACUGGCUGAUGAUGAUCGCAGGGGUUCUGUCACGCUAUUACAGUGUGCGGCGUUUAAUUUUGCUGGGAUCCUUGUCUGUCGGUUGUUCAUGGGGAUAUUCGAGGCCGGGUUCUUCGGUAUGAGGUAUCACUCGCUUCGCAUAUGGAAACUGAACUGACGCAAGGUGAAGCCGGAGUAAUCUUCUACCUAACACAGUUCUACAAGAGAAAUGAGAUCGCUUUCCGCUUAUCCAUCUUCUACGGCAUGGUGACCAUCGCAGGCGCCUUCUCUGGCCUCAUCUCGUUCGGAGUCUUCCACAUCAAGCACAACCUGCCUGGUUGGAAGUACCUUUUCAUCAUCGAAGGCGGCGCGACUAUCGUUCUCGCCUGUUUUGCCAUGUGGUGGCUCCCGCUGAGCGGAUCGCAAUGCCACUGGUUCAGCGAAAGCGAGGCAGCGGUGGCCAGAAUGCGUCUCCUGCAGGAUGGCUCGACGCAGACGAGCUCAGAAGACAAGCUAAAUGUCAAGGAUGCCCUGUCGACUCUCCUCGACUGGCGCAUCCUCGUCUGGGCUGUCAGCUGCUUCUGCUACGGCGUGGCCCAGAGCUCCGUGAGCAACUUCCUCCCGCAGAUGGUAGCGCUUCUGGGCUACUCGACCGUCAAGACAAACCUGUACACCGUGGCGCCGUAUUGUGUUGGGACGAUCGUACUGUGGAUCAUGUGCCGUUCCUCAGACCAUUUCCGCGAACGGUCUAUGCACCUCGCGAGCGCGCUCAUGGUCACCUUCAUCGGGUACAUUAUUCUGAUCGCCGUGGACGUGGAAGCACACAAAGGCGUCGUGUACUUUGCCUGUUUCCUACUGGCCUGCGGUGCCUUUGUACCCAGCAGUAUCUUCCACAGCUGGCAUACGAACAACGUCACGAAUGAGAGCCAGCGCGCCGCAACGGUGGGAUUCCUCGUGGGCUCCGCCAACUGCGCUGGGAUCCUAUUUCAAAGCGAACACGGCGCCGCACUACAUGCCAGCGCUGAUUGUCAACAGCGUGUUUCUGGCCACGGGAGUCGUGGUCAUUGUGUGUCUCGGGGUGUGGUUCCGCAUCGACAACCGUCGGCGCGACAAGGCGCAGGGGGUGCACCUGACCGCAGCAGACGUUAUGACGCGCAACCUGGUGGGGGGGUGGAACGACCCGAACUGGAGGUGGACAGUCUGAAUAUUCCUUCGAUAUUCGAUACUUCGUAGCCAGGGCGGCGAUCUAUUUUCUUACUUCCAAUGCCAGUAUUAUUAACGAAACACCGGCAAGUAGAUAGAAGAGCCGGAAUUAUUCUUGUACUUCGAUAGUAUUCCGUCCAUGCCUAGGCAUAGAUAGUAAGAUACACAUCGCAAUAGGACCGCCUGUCGACGCAAUCGGGCAAUCCAGGAACCCACGCAGCCCAAACAAGAGGCUAGACUCCCGUCUGCUGCACAUGGAAGCUGAUGGAUACAUAUUCCCCCCAGCAGCAUGCGGUUCCUCCUGCAGAG